GCAUCCAUGUGUGUCCCUAUGUAUAUAGCCGAAGUUGCACCUGUAAGUAUUCGUGGAACCUUAGUGACUAUCAAUAAUUGCGCUAUCACUUUUGGCCAGUUGGUAGCUAGUAUUGUAGAUGGAAUAUUCAGCACCGAUCUUGAAAAUGGGUGGAGGUAUAUGUUAGGAAUUGCUGCUGUACCUGCUGUAAUUCAGUUUUUUGGAUUUCUUUUUAUGCCUGAAUCUCCUCGUUGGUUGAUUGGUAAAAACAAAUAUGAUGAAGCUAUGACAGCUCUGCGGAAAGUCCGAGGGCCGAAUGUCAACAUUCAAGUUGAAUUUGAUGCCAUCAAAAACAAUUGCUUAGAGGUAGAACGAGAACAAGCAGACGAUAAGUCGGGAAUGCUGAAGAAAAUUCUCAAGAACCCUUCUCUACGGACAGCUUUACUUGUUGGUUGCGGGCUGCAAAUGAUACAACAGUUGGCUGGAAUUAAUACUGUUAUGUACUACAGUGCAACCAUUAUUGAAAUGUCUGGUGUUAGGAGCAAAAGCAAGGUCAUUUGGCUGUCUGCAGCGACAUCAGGAAUGAAUUGUCUUUGCUCCCUUAUUGGACUGCUCUUCGUAGAGAAAGUCGGAAGAAGAAAAUUGACUCUUGCAAGUUUGUUUGGUGUUAUUUUAAGUUUGACUGUGUUGGCAAUCAGCUUUCAGCUAGCAGAUUUAAAUGCUCCAGAUCUGUCAUAUCACGACUCAUCAGCACUUGGAACUUCAUGUUAUAAUUACAGUUCAUGCCGUGGUUGCAUUUAUGAUUCUGAUUGUGGAUAUUGUUUUAUUGAUACGGGCAAUGGCACUUAUGAUAGUACUUGUCUGCAGAUUGCUGGUGAGGAUACAGCAUUUUCUAAAUAUGGACACUGUAACACUACACACCUUCCACAUGAUAUAACUUGGGCCUAUGAGUGGUGUCCUUCUUCAUAUUCAUGGAUGACUUUUAUGGGUUUGCUUUUGUACCUCUUUUUCUUUGCUCCAGGAAUGGGUUCAAUGCCAUGGACAAUCAAUUCUGAAAUCUAUCCUUUGUGGGCUCGCAGUACCUGUUAUUCUAUUGCAACUUCAGUUAACUGGCUAUCUAACUUCUUGGUGUCACUAACCUUUUUAGAUCUGAUGCAAGCUAUUACAAAAUAUGGAGCAUUCUAUUUCUAUGAUGGUCUAGCAGUUAUCGGGUUUAUAUUUCUGUUCUUGAUGCUUCCUGAAACUAAAGGAGUCUCGUUAGAAGAAGUUGAGGGAUUAUUUGCUCAUCCGUGGUGGAAAGAUGCCACUACAAGUGCUGAAAAGAAGACUGUCCAAUGUCCAGCUGUAUCUUUUUCAUCUACCAUCAAAAACGUGGAAGAGAGUUCAACAAAUUUCCAAAAGAAUGGCGUCUAGUUCUGUUACUCUUUUCAUCAUUUUAACUCUUCAUUGCCUUUAUUUUUGUAUCAUUGUACUGUUAACUGAAGCAUGUGCAGAAUCACUAAUCCAAAGUAGAUUUCUGCAUUCUUAAACUGAAGACUAAAUGAGCGUGGAAAAUAUUUUUCUCCCUUAUCAGUUGCAUCAGCCAGUUGAGUAUCUUAAAUAUGUAAAUUUAUAUUUAUUUAUGUAGGUGUUGCAUUGCGUUGAGGUCAUUGUAUUUAAUUGUCCACGGAAGGAAUGAAAUCAUAUUUUGUGAUCAAUGGAUGUAAUAAAUGCACACUUAGUUGUUAUUUUUUUUCUUUCAAUAAACAAUAUAAUGCAGUUAUUUUUA